AUGUCAGAAACGAUGCCGAAGUCCUUGUGGAAUCCAGCAGGUAGAUAUGCAAACAACAGCAUCACGACAGAGGAACUGAUCGCGGUGUUCCCAUCACGCAAAAAAGAUAAAAAAAGCAGCAAAUGUUUGGUGUACACUUUGGCUAUCUUUGUGGCCAUCUUGUUCGUUUGCCUUAUUUUUGCAUUUGUCACUUUUCGCUUGGGAGAUCCCAAAAUUGAAUUCAAAUCAGCAAGGUUGAUGCAGAAGAGUAGCUCUACUAAUUAUCGUAACGUUUCUUCAACCUCUCCCUUUAAUGUGACCAUCAUUGCUCGCGUGUCCCUCACCAACCCUAACUUGGGUUCCUUCCAUUACGGGACCAGCACAGUGAGCGUGCUGUAUGGGACUUCCAGUGUGCGUGUUGGUGCUUCCAAAUUGAAAGGUGCGACCUUGGAGGCUAAGGAAACCAAAGAAAUGGACUUGACCAUUCAUAUGAGGUUCGGAAAGAAGGUAUUGGUAAAGGAAGAUGCACCCAAUAAUAUUCAUUCAGACAUGUUCAAACUCAGAAGCUACGCAAAAUUAAGUGGUACACUGCACGUGCUGAACAUGCUGAAGAAGAGAAAGACCAUUCAAAUGUCUUGCAUUUUGAACCUCAACUUCACCUCAUUUUCCACCCAACAUUUCCAGUGCUGA